CAAACGCAUCGCAAUUGUGGAAGAUCCAAAGUCAUUAGACCAAGCUUGGAGGGUCCGAGAAAAGGGAAAAAAAAAGCCCAGGCAUUUCAUAACCCAAGUAUUUGUUCCAAACAAAACAUAGCAAACAGAGAAAAAUGGAAGUGGGGGGUUCGUCGAAGAAGAUGAUUGCAACCCAGGCAGAGAUGGUGGAGAACAAGGUCCCCAUCCCAUACAGAGACCAAUGCGCCCACCUUCUCAUCCCACUCAACAAGUGUCGCCAAGCUGAGUUUUACUUACCUUGGAAAUGCGAGAUCGAACGCCAUACCUAUGAGAAGUGCGAGUACGAGCUCGUCAUGGAGCGAAUGCUGCAGAUGCAGAAAAUCCGUGAAGAAGAGGACAAGUUGAAACAGGCUGGGAAACAAAGCGGCUCUAUUCCUCUCGUUCCCAAAACUGCUAAUGCUUAAGCUCUACUUCCACGUGGCAGGAAGGUUUAAACUGCUUUGGUGGAUGCUGGAUGUUUGUCACUGUUAUCCGAGGGAAAUUGGAGACUGUUUGUCAACCUUGUAUGUGGAAUAAAGUUGCUCAGCAAAGUUGACAUGAUUUUUUACUGUUAAUUUGAAGGACAAUGUUUGAUUUUCGAA